AUGAUAAACACACAACUUUCGCAAAUAACUGACAUGAAUCGUGUCUAUCUCAGUGCAUCGGUGGCUGUGAUCCCCUUGGCUGUGUUGUGGGCUGUUCAACGCAGUAGGAGAAUGGAAAUAGCCAAGGUCCCGUCCAAGACCGUGGUCAUAAUUGGCGGCUCCUGGGCGGGAAUCAACGUUGCCCAUGGUUUGUUGAAGCAAGUGCCGAACGUCAAGGUUGUGAUGAUCAAUCCCUCUGAGGACUACUACUUCAAUGUCGCUUCUCCAAGAAUCAUUGCUCGACCAGAGGUUUUUGCUAGAGAGAAGUACAUGUUCCCACUUGCAGAACUGUUUGCAAAGUACCCUAAGGGGGGAAUCGAAAUAAUCAUCGGCAAGGCAACUUCCAUCAAUACCGAGGGCAAAAAGGUAUCGGUCAGGGAGAAUACCUCAGAGCCGUCAAGAGACAUCGCAUACGACUAUCUAGUCAUUGCGUCCGGCAGCACCACCAAGGCAACACUAGGCUUAGACUCGGUCAAGGUGCCCUUCAAGCCUUCAGUGAAUGGUAGCACAGAUGCCGAGAUAAAGAAUGCGCAAGAAACUCUCAAAGCUGCCAAUAGCAUUAUUAUCGGUGGUGCCGGCGCUGUCGGUGUCGAACUAGCCGCCGAAAUCGCACAGGAAAGGCCUAAUGUUGAAGUUACCCUAAUUACACCAACGGACAAGGUGCUUCCAGGUCUUAAAGAUGGACCACGCAAUAAGGCUGGGAAAGUGCUGAAAUCGUUAGGAAUAAAUCUUGUUACUGGUAAUUCAGUACAGUCAGCGCACCAAGACCCCUCGUCUGGAAAAUGGACAGUCACACUAUCUAAUAACAAGACCCUGACCGCCGAUUCCUAUGUUACUGCUGCAGGCGUGGUUCCUAAUAAUGAUUUCAUCCCUAAUACCCUCCUCAACGAGAACGGAUGGGUCGAAGUGGACCAGUAUUUCCACGCCAGCAAGAUCCAAUCCUCCGCCAGUAUCUACGCAGUUGGAGAUAUAACACAGAAUCCCAUGCGGGUUGUUUCGCGGAUGACUGUUCAAGCAGCAGCCGUGGUCAGCAAUUUGAAAGCCGAUAUACUAGGUAAAGGAAAACGCGUCUCUUUUGAUUUCGAUAAACAAGGUGUGAUGAUGGGUGUGCCGCUUGGUAGGUCGGAUGGAACUGGCCAGAUUGGUUCAUUUGUUAUUCCGGGAUUUGUGAUGGCAUUUAUGAAGGGGAGAGAUUAUAUGACUGGCAUGGGGAGGAAAAUGUUGUCUGGUUAA